CUUUCUUUUUCUUCCUCUUUUGUUCUUUUCCUUCCUACAACUCCACAGUUGGUGGCUCUUUUUCAUUCUUCAACGCCAAGGGAGGAAAUUUCCGCAGCAGCUGUCGUCAAAAUCGCAGCUUUAGAAGUCCUGUGUGCUUCACAUUGGAUUUCACUGUAGAAUUUGAGAUGGGUAGUAGAAAUUGGAGGUGUUUGCUGCUUUCUUUAUAGCGGAGAAUAAAGGGGAGGAAGUUAAGAUCACGGUGAUGAGUUCUAAUAGGAGUAGAAGUGGAGGAUUUGGAGGAGAGAUUUCUUCGAAGAGCAUGGUUUCGAAGAAAUGGACCUUCUUGUUUUGUCUUGGGAGUUUUUGCGCUGGCCUGUUGUUCACAAAUAGAAUGUGGACGUUACCUGAAGCAAAAGACAUCAUCAGGACAACUGGAACUGAAGAUAAUAAGAUGAAGCUUGUUGCCAGUGAUUGUAAUUUACAACCUAUGACUCAAAUGCAAGAGCCUAAGAAAAUCAUAGGAGAAGAUUCUAAGACACAAAAUGCUAUACAGGCUUUAGAUAAAGCUAUAUUAAAUUUAGAAAUGGAAUUAGCGGCAGCGAGGGCUGCUCAAGAUUCUAUACUUAACGGGUCACCAUUGUCAGAUGACUCAAAGACUAUUGAAUCUGGUAGAAGACGUAAAUAUUUAAUGGUUGUGGGAAUUAAUACUGCUUUUAGCAGUCGUAAGCGAAGAGACUCAGUUCGUGCUACUUGGAUGCCAUAUGGUGAAAAAAGAAAGAAGCUGGAGGAAGAGAAGGGCAUCAUCAUUCGUUUUGUUAUUGGCCAUAGUUCUACAUCAGGUGGUAUCCUCGAUAGAGCAAUUGAAGCUGAGGAUAGAAAGCAUGGGGACUUCAUGAGGCUGGAUCAUGUUGAAGGAUAUCUUGAAUUGUCAGCCAAGACCAAAAUAUAUUUUGCUACUGCUGUCUCUAUGUGGGAUGCUGAGUUCUACAUCAAAGUUGACGAUGAUGUACAUGUAAAUAUAGCAACCCUUGGAACUACUUUAGCUAGGCAUCGUGGAUGCAUGAAGUCUGGUCCUGUUCUUGCUCAAAAGGGGGUAAGAUAUCACGAACCUGAGUAUUGGAAAUUUGGGGAGGCUGGAAACAGAUACUUCCGUCAUGCCACUGGCCAGUUAUAUGCAAUUUCCAAAGAUCUUGCCACUUACAUAUCCAUGAACCAGCACGUGCUACAUAAGUAUGCAAAUGAGGAUGUUUCAUUGGGAGCUUGGUUCAUAGGAUUAGAUGUGGAGCAUAUUGAUGACCGCAGAUUAUGCUGUGGUACUCCUCCUGAUUGCGAAUGGAAAGCUCAAGCGGGCAAUCUCUGUGUUGCCUCAUUCGAUUGGAGUUGCAGUGGCAUUUGCAAGUCAGCGGAGAGGAUCUCUGAGGUUCAUCGCCGCUGUGGUGAAGGGGAGAAUGCUCUCUGGAGUGCAUCCUUUUGAUGAUUACAGUCAAUCAGUUACCUUCAAGGUAAAUUCAAUUGUGUAUGUAGAGCUUGACGAAAUUGUACGUAAUUGAGGGAAUUUUCAUGUUUUAAUGGAGAAAGAUCCUUCAAU